UAAGGAGAUGAUAUGACAAGUUUGGUUUAUACCUAUCAGAACAGGAGAUGCACGAAAAAAGAAUCUCUUUGUAUGUGAUAUUUAUUGUAAACAUUUACGUACAUGGUAUCACUGCACAGAUACAAGAUGGACAAUGCCCAAGCCCUGGAAAUGCUUCGAUUCUAACUUGUUGUCUGAACUACAUCGACAUAGGAGGAGAAUGUAUCGCCUGCCAACCCGGUACAAUGGGGUUGAACUGCACCAGAAGAUGCCCGGAUGGUUUCUACGGUCAGUUUUGUGUGAAGCCUUGUGACUGUCCGCCAACCCAGCGGUGUAGUAAAGCGUUUGGAUGUGUUCAUAUUGGAAGGAACAGAUCACGUGGAGAUGAAGAAUCAGAUGAAAUGAUAUCUCUUCAAUCCAAUUCAUGCAAGUCUUUGGAAGCUGCAGUAAUAGCACAGGGCGUGGUGAUUGGUUUACUCUUUGUGGCUUUAGUUUCCGCCACGGUCCACUUGUAUCGACAACAACCAUCACUCAAACAACCUUCUGGAUACAUGGAAACGCAUAUCAAAUUUGAAGAAGUUCAAUUACAUUCUUAUGAAGCCAUGAAGGGAAACGAUCUUAAAGAUGGCGCUGUAAUAGAAACCAUAAAUAGAGCCCAGCAGGAAAAUUACCUGGAGCCUAUAUCAUCUAAAAGGCAACAUCUUGUGUGUAACAAACAAAAAGGAAAGGGGCAGGGUGGGAUUUAUGAAUCGAAUGAUCCUAGGAGGGUUCCAUCGGCAGCUGUAGCAUGUCCACCUAAGGUCGCUGUGGUUAUGGAGUCUUUUAAAUCUAACACAGCAAACAUCUCCCAAAUGUCCGAGGAAAAAAAUGAAUCUUACUUAAAAAUGGAAGGAAAACUACACGAACCCGACCAAUGUCAAGAAGAUGGGUAUAUGGAUGUUGAGCCUGACAUAGGUGAAAGAGAGAACUAUUUAGGCGCUGCUGAGACGAGUCGUAAUCAAAGAAAAAACUAUCUGGAUGUCAUUGCUUCCGAACCUGAUCAAGUAGAAAAUUAUCUAGAUGUAAUUGAAUCUGACCAAACAAAUGCAGAAAACUACUUAUAACGACAAAGGAAAAUGCUAUUCAGAUUUUGAACCGAUUAAUAAAAAAUUCUUGAACGUUGUUUCAAGCAGAAAAAAUGAAAAUAAAACUGGUUUAAAUUUAUUUGAAUCAAUCGAAUGAUGCUGGAUCCCACCAACUGUAAGCUUUCUUGGGUUGAUGUUCCCGACCAAAUAGUAAUGUACAGCAUUAUAAAUACGCCAAGCCAAAAAUACCAAUUAAUUCUGUAUGAGUAAAACAUCGUUAUCACAAUUCCUGUAUCGAUCAUUAUUUCAUUUGAAUGUUUUGGAAUAGUUAUUUUUAUCAUUUAUUGUGUAACGAUUUUUUGGGCAAAUGUCGAUAGCUAAAACAUUUUUUUUAUAGUCCAAAAUUUUAACAUGUCCAUAUUUUGAGCUUUGUCUUACAAAGACAAAAAUAAUCAGUGGCAAACAUUUACUGUAAAUAAUGCCAAAUUAGCUGACUUUUUAUUCUAGACAUCAGUUACACAUAGAAAUGAAAUAUUAAGUUAUACCUUGAGAACUGAAGCUUUCCUUCUCACACAUUUGAAUCACAAAUGAAAAACCCAAAUUUCCCAUGCUUUAUCGCAUAUAGUUUUCAAUAUCAAUAUAUUCAAAAUAAAAGUAAGAGUAAA